GUUCCUUUCCGUCAAAAAGUGUUGUGGACAGCCGUCACACUCCUUAUCUUUCUUGUGUGCUCACAAAUUCCACUCUACGGUAUCAUGUCUUCCGACUCCUCCGAUCCUCUUUAUUGGCUGCGUGUAAUUCUUGCUUCAAACAGAGGUACCCUAAUGGAACUCGGCAUCACACCCAUUGUUACUUCGGGCAUGAUCAUGCAACUCUUGGCUGGUGCCAACCUCAUCGAGGUCGAUUUUAGCUUAAAGGAAGACAGGGCUUUAUUCAGCGGUGCGCAAAAACUCUUCGCCAUGGUCUUUGCUUUUGGUCAAGCCACCGUAUCUGUAAUGACUGGAUUGUAUGGCGAUCCAUCCGAAAUUGGAGCUGGUGUCUGCUUACUACUCAUCAUCCAACUUGUCGUUGCUGGUCUCAUCUCUAUGCUUCUGGACGAACUCCUACAAAAAGGGUAUGGUUUGGGAUCUGGUAUUUCUCUUUUCAUCGCUACCAACAUCUGCGAAUCCAUCAUUUGGAAAGCGUUCAGUCCAACCACCGUUAAUGCUGGACGAGGUCCUGAAUUCGAAGGCGCCUUCAUCUCCCUAUUUUACUCACUCAUCACCUACAGCAAUAAGACCCGCGCAUUGAAGGAGUCAUUCUAUAGAACCAACUUACCCAAUGUCAUGAACCUCUUAGCAACUGUAGCAGUUUUCGCUGUCGUCAUUUACCUUCAGGGUUUCCGUGUUGAACUCCCCGUCCGAUCUAAUCGUUUUCGUGGCCAACGUAGCACGUACCCAGUUAAACUCUUCUAUACAUCAAACAUGCCAAUUAUGCUUCAGUCCGCUCUUACCACAAAUGUCUUCUUGAUCUCGCAAAUGUUGUACAACCGAUUCCCGGAUAACUUCCUUGUCCGCCUUCUUGGUGUUUGGAGCCCAUACGAAGGUUCAUCGCAGCUGUUCGCAUCAGGCGGUCUUUCUUACUACAUGUCGCCACCGCACAAUAUCACCGACGCCUUAUUGGACCCAAUUCACACGGUCAUAUACAUCGCAUUUAUGCUGACCGCAUGCGCCCUUUUCUCAAAGACUUGGAUUGAAGUAUCAGGUUCCUCACCACGUGAAGUCGCCAGGCAACUCAAGGAGCAAGGCAUGGUCAUGGCCGGUCACCGAGAGGUUUCGACAUAUAAGGAAUUGAAGCGUAUUAUUCCGACUGCAGCUGCGUUUGGUGGUGCCUGUAUUGGGGCUUUAUCGGUUCUUGCAGAUUUACUUGGGGCACUUGGAUCCGGUACCGGUAUACUGCUAGCUGUCACGAUCAUUUACUCUUACUUUGAAAUGUUUGUCAAG